AUGUUAACAGUAGUGUGAAUGAGGAGCGCGAGCCAGGCGGAGUUGGCAGGAACAUCUGGGUUCGCUCCAGUCCGUCUUCUUUUUCGACUUUCGAAACCACACCCACAGGCGCAUUUCUCAAGCCUGCGCUCCUCUACCUGUGCGCACUGACACUCUUGUGUUUCACGGCUAAAAAGGAUCGUCAAAUAAUCGACAAAUGUGUUGGCCACACGUUUGAUCGACCGUCUUCGCCACAAAUGGACUAAGACGUCUUUUGGUCCUCUCCUUGCCCCUUAAGACAGAAGCCUGUAAAGAAUAAGAACUCCAUCGAAGACACAUCUGACCAACUGCACAAGUCAUGGACUGGAAGACAUUCCAAGCCCUCCUGAGUGGGGUGAACAAAUAUUCCACAGCCUUUGGGCGCAUCUGGCUCUCUGUGGUGUUUGUGUUUAGAGUGAUGGUGUAUGUGGUGGCGGCUGAACGGGUGUGGGGCGAUGAGCAAAAGGACUUUGACUGCAACACCAAGCAGCCAGGAUGCUCCAACGUCUGCUAUGAUCACUUCUUCCCUAUCUCGCAUAUCCGCCUGUGGGCGCUGCAGCUGAUUUUCAUCACCUGCCCGUCCUUCAUGGUGGUCAUGCACGUGGCCUACCGUGAUGACCGCGAACGCAAGCACAGAGCCAAGCACGGCGAGAACGCCAAGUUGUACAACAACACGGGCAAGAAGCACGGCGGCCUGUGGUGGACCUACCUGAUCAGCCUCUUUGUCAAGACGGCCAUUGAGAUCGCCUUCCUCUACAUCCUCCACCACGUCUACGACAGCUUCUACCUGCCCAGGCUGGUCAAGUGUGAGGUGUCACCUUGCCCCAACAUAGUGGACUGCUACAUCGGUCAUCCCACCGAGAAGAAAGUGUUCACCUACUUCAUGGUGGGCGCUUCUGCGCUCUGCAUCGUCCUCAACAUCUGUGAGAUCAUUUACCUGAUCUCCAAGAGAAUUGUGCGAAUUGCCAACAAGAUCAAUCGGCGCAAAAAUAACCUCCCCGUGACCCAGGACGACUACAUGGAUGACAUAUUCAACAACUGCGUCCAGCCUCCGUCUAAGGUGGACCUGAAGGAUAAGCCUCCAUCCUUCAACUCUGCAAACAAGCCAGAGUACAGAUUGUCCACAUUGAAGCUUGAGGACAAGAUUCGGGCCUCUGCUCCAAAUUUGUCGACUCCUUGCUGAGAGACAAACCAAAAGAGACUGAAAACUAUCAGUUGUGCUUGGGCUAUGACUCACUUGCAGGCUUAAAAACACAUUUAGAGCUAUGGCCAAACCAUAGUGUGUGUCAGCCCCUGUAACUUGAGCCAUUGAGCACUGGACUAUGCCGUGGGCCCCCGCGUCCACACUUUUCGACUCUUUCUGAGCAUGUGAACUUGGAUUUCCAUGUCAACCUCCACAAUAUGUACCUCUCAUCUUUGCCAGAUUGAUUUCUCUUUGAUAUGUGGGAUUCGUUUGGAAUACAAUAAAGGUUGUAGGCCUUUUCAAAGUCAUCCCACCACACAUUAUUCCCUCCACUUAUUGGGAGUGGACAGUAGAGAGACACCUGAAGAGGUUGGAACGUGCCAUGCCAUUCAUUCCUCUGUACAUUUCAUCCAGCUUUUCAUUGCAAUUCUGAUGUGCUGGUAACGCCUGCAAGCAGAGCUCAAGUCACUGGAGAGUGGUAAUGAUUCUGGAAUGUGGGCACACCACUAUGGCUGACAACUGUAACUGAAAGUAAGUUAACUGGCUCGAAACUCGUUUUUCACAUUUUUUUGGUGGGGUGAGUGUCUGGAAUUAUGAUGGUGAUAACAGGCACAUUCAUGUCUUUCUUACACACAGUCUCUCAUUUUGCAUUUGUUUGGGCUUUUUAGUCAACAACCUCACUGACCACUGUUGAUUUAAAUCAGCCGAAAGGACUGCUGCUGUUCGUGAUGUGUUGGCUAAUGCUACAUACAAUGCCCCAAGAAUGUAUGAUAUGUAAUUUUGACAAGUUGUUUAUUUUUAUACAUAAUAAAUUUAUUGACCAUAUGA